UUCAGCUCCGCCGGCUUAUGCUGAGACAAGCCGUGGUGUGGGUCUGACCCGUCCCCCUUUGCUCAUUACCUCGCCGCCUUUCGGCGGUUGUCUGCCGCCACCAUGUCGGUGACAUGGGCACUUGUCGUCUCUCUGCUCGCCUGCGCUGGUGCAGCCGAGGAGCCGCUGCCGCGCGGUGCGAUGGCGAGCGAGCCCGAGCUGGAGGAGCAAGGCAGGGUGGCCUUGGAGGAGCUGGAGAAGAGCGGGCUGCAGCUGGAGGACUCGGGUGCCACCGAGAAGCACCAGGAAUCCUUUAACACGUUUGCGGCGGAACUGUUGGAGCCCCGUUAUUGGGGGGAUGAAGGUUAUGCUUUCCCAUCCCCUCCUCCAGUGGAUCCUUUUGCAAAAAUACGGGUAGAUGAUUGUGGAAAAACUAAAGGCUGCUUUAGGUAUGGGAAACCUGGCUGUGAUGCAGACACAUGUGAUUACUUCCUCAGUUAUCGCAGAAUAGGUGCUGAUGUGGAAUUUGAAUUAAGUGCUGACACUGAUGGUUGGGUUGCAGUUGGAUUCUCAUCUGACAAACUGAUGGGAGGUGAUGAUGUAAUGGCUUGUGUGCAUGAUGACAAUGGCAGAGUUCGAAUCCAACACUUUUACAACGUUGGACAAUGGGCAAAGGAAAUAAAAAGAAAUCCAGCCAGAGAUGAAGAAGGUAUUUUUGAGGACAACCGAGUAACCUGUCGAUUUAAACGACCUGUGUAUGUUCCUAGAGAUGAAACAAUUAUCGACCUUCACUUGAGCUGGUAUUACUUAUUUGCAUGGGGCCCUGCCAUACAAGGCUCAAUUACCAGGCAUGAUAUUGACUCUCCACCAGUAUCUGAAGAUGUUGUCAGCAUUUACAAGUAUGAAGAUGUGUUCAUGCCUUCUGCAGCUUUUCAAACCUUCUCUUCACCUUUCUGCCUGCUAUUAAUUGUUGCUUUGACUUUCUACAUAUUAAUGGGGACUCCAUAACUAAAUUGUUGCAGAAGAAUAUUAACAUAAAAAUAUUUGAUCUUAAAAUGAAUGCAAAUUUUCUUUUCAGAAUAUUUUUUUCACUGGACCCUCAAAUGAAUGUAUGACUAUACAUUUGAAUAAUAGUCAGCAUUUGGACAAAUGAAAAUGUGAAAAAUAAGAAUUAGAGUUGCAAAUCUUCGUUUUGUUUGUGAGGCUCUGGCUGAUCAGUGGGACCAUACUGAGUGCCUACUUGGACAGAGUAAGAGAGCAUCUCUACCCCCACCCUAUUGCCAGGUUUUCUUAUGCUGCAUGUGCCAAGCGGUCUAUAACUGAACAAUUACUAAUAUUACUGUGAAAGUAAUUUCUGAGCUAACAUGCUACUUAAUUGACAACUUGAUAGACUUGUAGGAUAGUUUUAUUUUGCAUAUUUUGUUAAAUAUUUAUUGUACCAGAUAUUUCAUUUUAAACUCUGUUUUGAUCAAUGCAAGACUUUGUAUUAAAUAAGUUAUUAAUUUUGUGUAAAUGUAGAGUAUUCAAAUUGUAGUGGCAUUCAGUCCAAGCUUUUACCCUUUAUAAAGAACUAACAAGCUUACAGGAAUAAUUGUCUAAAAAAAAUUCAAAACUAACUGAAUAUAUUUUUCAUGAGUAUGUACAGUAAAAUAAUCAUCAAUUGAAACAAUUAUUAUCUUGUGUCUCUUGAGGGACAAAGGUUUUAAAGAAAAGAUUGAAGUCAUACUUCAUUACAAUCAUUUAAAUAUGUAAUUGCAAAAGCUAAAAAAAUUAUUUAGCAGUGAGACAUAAAUCAGUCACAAUGUUCCUAAAAUUUAAUAAUUUUUGCUAUGGAUUUUGUACUACAGUUGGCCCUCCUUAUCUGCGGGGGAUUGGUUCCGAGACCCCUGCAGAUACCAAAAAUCGCGGAUGCUCAAGUCCCUUAUUUAACCUGAAUCAGUGCAGUGGUCUUUAGGACCCAGCAGAACCCUGGACUUAACCUGUUCAGAGCGGUGGGCAUUAGGACCCAGCGUAGCUCUGAAUCUGUGGUGUUUCUAUUCACGAAAAUAAUCACAAUCGCGAUUGAAAAUAAGGUGGAAGUAAUAAAGCGAUUGGAAAGAGGUGAAACGCCAUCGGUCAUUGGAAAAGCGUUAGGCUACAGUCAGUCAACGAUCGGAACAAUUUUAAUGGAGCAUGUGAAAGGCCCUACCCCGAUGUAAGCUACAAUUAUUACUAAGCAAUGCAGUGGUUUAAUUAUUGGGUUUUGGGUUUUUGAUCCUCCACAUCAACCCGGCACCGUGGAGAACGCACUCGAUAGUGAUCUGUCACUAGAUCGAACUCGGGAACUUCCCGAGCCCGGCACUGAAACAUAUGUUCUUAAGUGUUUUAUAUGCAUAGAAAGGUAAAAUAUAUACUAUAUAUGAAUGCAAACAUUUGAUUAACUGAUGCUAAAUAAUACCGGAUGUACCUGUUCUGACUUACCUAGUAAGAGAACUUCCGAUUUUUUUCGAUCCCAAUCCACACAUCCUCCCAUAUACUUUAAAUCAUCUUUAGAUUACUUAUAACAGCUAAUACAAUGUAAAUGCUAUGUAAAAUAGUUGUUAUACUGCAUUGUUUAGGGAAUAAUGACAAGAAAAAAAGUCUGUACAUGUUCGAACAACAUGCUGGAAGAGCACUUCUGGGUUUUUGCGAUUCACAGUUGGUUGAAUUCGCAGAUAAGGAGGGCCGACUGUACUGUAACCUAAGGUCUGCUGUUUGGGUCCCAGAAUAACAAAGGAUGCAAAAUUUCAGGCUUUAAGUAAAAUAUGGUAUUGAGCAGUACCAUUUUGAAAAGUAUUACAGAAACAGUGUGAAUAUUCAAUAUCAAAAUACAUAGAAAUGCAGCAGAGAGAAUCUGUAAAAGAUGUGGAUUGAGUAAGGCAUGUUUUUCUUUCAUCUUUGUAAGUUUUUUUUAUUUCUGUUUCAUUUUGUAAAAAUGAUAAUCCAUAAUGCAUGGCAAUGCUAUUUACUGCAUAUAAAAAUAUUAGGAAAGUCAUUUGGUCCUUUUAUCUGGGUUUGAUGAGCAUAUAGAUUAACUCUCAGAAUGUUAAACCUUUGACGUCUACUCUUUCUUGGCACUUUGAGUAAAUACUUGAUGUUGGUUAUCAAAAUAGUGUUAUAAAAGUUUAAAAUGAACGUAGCUGUAUAUGAAGCAUUAUAUCUAGGUGAAUGAUGAUAAUGUAUUAAUGCUUAAAUUUCCAUUAGAAAAUAUUUUUUUAAUAAAUUGAUGUAUGUAAUCUCUUACUAAUAGCUUCAGUCCAGCCAUCCUUGAUCUACUUUCCUAUUUCACUGAACAAUAAUAUCACUAUCAGAUAUAGAGUUUCCACUAUUAGUUAAGUUUUUAAUUCCAAUCUCUAAUUGUAAUGUUUUAUUGAUUAUCGAGGGAUAUGUAUUCAACAGCUAUUUUGAGGAUUGAUAAUUUAAUUUAUUAUUGAAACAAUAUGAAUAACAUUUAAAAUUUUGUGAAGUAAAAGCGAAGUAUUGUAAUCAAUCAGUAGAGCAGACAGCAUCUGUGGAAAAAGAAACAGUGUCUCUUCAUAAGAAUGGAAAAGACAGAAAACAGCAGCAAAGAAGGUGGUUGAGGAUGGACAGAACAAAGAAAAUAGUUCUACCAGAUGGACACCAGACCACGGUAGCAGUUAAAAUCUGAUUAAGCUGCUUUGGCUGCGUAAUAUGUUGCCAAUAAUAGAAACUGUAGGACGUGCCCAAUAGAUCACACAAUACAAAGGAAUAGGCAAAAAAGAGCCAAAAUGCUGACGUUACUAAAGCGCUUAUUGCUUUUGUUGCCUCUUGAACUCUUCAGACCUUAAGCCUGCUACUUGACGGUGAGAAGACCAUAUUAAAUCUGGAGCUUGGGAACCUUGGGUGACAAGGGAUGUUGCACAUUUAGUCAAAAGAAAAAGGAAGAACAUACUGAAUAAAAGGGUGUUGCGGUAGCAUUUCGGAGUUCAGUUCUGGUGUCAUCAGUAAGGAGUUUGCAUGUUCUCCCUUUUGAUGCGUAGGUUUCUUCUGGGUGCUCCAGUUUCCACCCACAGCCCUAUCAUAUACCGAUGGUUAAUUGGUCAUUGUAAAUUGUCUUGUGAUGAGGCUAGUGUUAAAUAGGUGGAUUGCUAGACAGUGUAGCUCAUUGGGCCAGAAGGACCUGUUCCACUCUGUAUCUCUAAAUAAAAUAAGUUUUCAGAAGUUGAAUCGUACAAAGUCCCUGAAAAAUAUUAAGGAAGCAGGAUUGAACUUACACAUGGAAUCAGGGUGACAAAAAGAGGCCAGGAUGUGUGCUUAGCAAAUCGGAUUAAGAAAAUCCCCAAGGCGAUUUAUGCAUAUACUGUAUUUAAAAACCAGGGAAACUAGGGAAAGGAUAGGUUCACUCAAGACCAAGGUAAGAAAUUUAUGCCUCAAGUUGGAGGAAGUGGGCAAAGUACUAAAUGAAUACUUUGCAUCAGAUAUUCAAUUCACCAAGGAAUAAGACAUGGAUGAUAGAACAGAGAAGUGCAAGUUGAUAUUAAGGAGAAAGUGUUGGAUCUCUUGAAGAACAUUAAGGUGGAUAAAUGUUCACCUAUGGGGUCUAUUCCAGAAAACCAAGUAAAGCAAGGCUGGAGAUUGUUGGGGCCUCGGCAUUGAUCUUUAUAUUCUUUUUAACCACAGGUGAAGUCCCAGAGGAUAGCCAGUUUUGUUUCAUUGUUUGGAAUAAUCCAGGAAAUUAUAGGCAGAUGAGCCUUACUGAUCGGGAAGUCAUUGGAGAUUCGUAUGGACUGUAAUUAUUCUCAGCUAGAAAGGCAUAGACAGUAGAGAUAGCUUAUCUUGUUCAUGCCUCUCAAACACAAUUAAGUUUUUUGAGAAAGUAUACAGAACAGUACAGCAAGAAACAGACCCUUCAACCCAUGAUGUCUCUGCCAACCAUGAUGCCAAAUUAAAUGAGUCACACAUGGUUCAUGUUCUUGUCUAAAUUCCACUACGUUCUAGGCACCUACUACUCUGUUUAAACAAAAUCUGUCCCACACAUCUGCUCUCAAACUAUCCCCUCUCACCCAAAAACUAUGCCCUCUAUUAUUUGACAUUUCUACCAUAGGAAGAGGGCUCAAGCUAUCAACUCCAUCUGCUUCUCAUAACGGGCUUAAGCCCAUAAUUUAAGUUCUCCCCUUAAUCUCCAAUACUCCACAGAAAACAAUCCAAGUUUACCCAACAUCGGGCUCCUUGCCAGCAAAUUUCCUGAUAUCAGUACUUGGAGAGAAUUAUUUCAGAGUAAAUGUUCAAAGUGUUUGUGUAGACUUUUAGU